CCCAAAAAAAUUCAACUCUCUUAAACUAACAAAAACAAAAUUCAGUAAAAUAUGCAACAAGCAGAGCUUCACGACUUAUCAGACGACGCCGAUUACGCCGCCUCUCAACAAGGAUCGACGAGUAUGAUGAGUUGCGACAGUGGGAAAUUGAGCUCAUCGAGUGACACGGAGGGAGCUGAAAUCGUUUAUUUGAAGGAUAAUGUUGCAGUUCACCCUACUCAGUUUACCUCUGAAAGGAUUAGUGGAAGAUUAAAUUUAAUUAAGCAAGGAUCUUCUCUUUUCAUGACAUGGAUUCCAUACAAAGGGCUAAGUAUGAAUGCGAAACUGUUGGAGAAAGAUAGAAAUCUUUAUACAAUAAGGGCAGUGCCGUUUGCUGAUGUGAGGUCUAUUAAAAGACACACUCCGGCUAUUGGGUGGCAGUACAUUAUUGUUGUUCUUUCAUCUGGACUUGCAUUUCCUCCCCUUUACUUCUAUAAUGGAGGAGUUCGAGAGUUCCUUACUACAGUAAAACAACAUGUUUUUCUUGUGAGGUCAGUAGAUAAUGCAAAUGUAUUUCUUCUGAAUGACUUCCAAAAUCCUCUUCAGCGAACUUUGUCCUCUUUGGAGCUUCCCAGGGUAGUUUCCAUUGCAAGUGUGCCAUCAACACCUGGUUUAGAGAGGGAGUCUACUUCACAUGAAAAUCACGAGAGCACAGAUACGGCAGUCAGUGAUGGAAGUGCCAGUAUUCCUCAUUAUAAUGGAAGGCGGAAGCAAAAGUUUCGUGAUCCUGCUCGGGACAUUUCAAUUCAAGUUUUGGAGAAAUUUUCUCUUGUAACAAGGCUUGCCCGAGAAACCACUUCGCAGCUAUUCCGGGAGACCCACAGCAACGGUUUUGAUCCUCUUGAGAGGAGAAAAUCUAACCAGUCUCCCCUUAAUUAUAGUCACGAACCAUCUGAUGAUGCUAGCAAAGUUGCCUUUGAAAACCCUGUUGAUCCAGGUCCUCUUGAGAAAGUCCCAUAUAGGAAACACGGUCAUGAUGAUGAAGCUGCCACCAAUGUGGGGACUUUUGAGCUAAUCAGUUAUAAGGAGUUUGAAAAACUCUCACUAGUUUGGGGAAAGCCCCGACAACCACCAUUGGGGUUGGAAGAGUGGGCUACAUUCUUGGAUUCAGAAGGGCGAGUGGAGGAUUCAAAAGUUUUAAGAAAAAGAAUAUUUUACGGAGGAGUUGAGCACAAAUUGCGGAAAGAGGUCUGGGCAAUAUUAUUGGGAUACUAUUCAUACGAAUCAACGUAUGCAGAGAGGAAUGAUCAGAGAUCUGUCAAAAAGACAGAAUAUGAGACUAUAAAAAGCCAGUGGCAGAGUAUCUCUCCUGGACAGGCAAAAAGGUUUACAAAGUUCAGAGAGAGGAAAGGCCUUAUAGAGAAAGAUGUGGUAAGGACGGACAGGUCACUCUCUUUCUAUGAUGGGGAUGACAAUGCAAAUGUGCGUCUUUUACGUGAUAUUCUGUUGACCUACUCUUUCUACAACUUUGAUCUUGGUUACUGUCAGGGUAUGAACGAUUUGCUAUCCCCAAUUUUGUUUGUAAUGGAGGAUGAGUCGGAAUCAUUUUGGUGUUUUGUGGCAUUGAUGGAACGUCUCAGUCCCAAUUUUAACCGUGACCAAAAUGGCAUGCACUCUCAGCUUUUUGCACUAUCUAAGCUGGUGGAGAUGUUAGACAACCCAUUGCAUAACUAUUUCAAGCAGAAUGACUGCCUGAAUUAUUUCUUCUGUUUCCGCUGGAUACUGAUACAGUUUAAAAGGGAACUUGAGUACGAGAAAACAAUGCGACUGUGGGAAGUAUUGUGGACACAUUAUUUGUCGGAGCACUUCCAUCUGUACGUGUGCAUAGCUAUUUUGAAACGCUAUCAUGGCAAGAUAAUCGGGGAGGAAAUGGAUUUUGACACCCUUUUGAAGUUCAUAAAUGAACUGAGUGGUCGGAUUGACCUUGAUGCAACCUUGAGGGAUGCAGAGGCUUUAUGCAUAUGUGCCGGCGAGAAUGGAGCUGCUUGCAUACCUCCAGGAACUCCACCCUCAUUGCCUGAUGACACUGGUUUACUCUGUUCUCAACAUGAUGAAGUAUUGUAAAAUCAUACAUACAUGCAUACAUAUAAGAUCUGAAUUCACUAUUUUUUUUUUGGUAUUAAAACAAGCUCCCCACUGCUCUUUUAAGUUGGUCUUUUCCCUUGAAAGGCAGCCUAUCAGUUUUUUUUAUCCCCCUCCCGCCCCAGCAAUGUACACAUUAUUUUGAUUAUUUUGUGCAUUUGCUGCGUUUUCCCCCAUAUUUUGGUUUUUUUAUUUUAAUAUUAUUCAUGUAGCAUUUUGAGCUCUACUAAAAGAAAUUUGAAGUUGUACGCUGUACCAAGGUUUUGUAGCACCGUUAUUCAUACCCCGUUAAUAGUUGAAUUAUAUAUCC